GCAGGCAACUAUUUUUGAACUUGAAAAUCAAUCCUUCAUCUCUGUGAAAUCGCUUGCAAAUGACAGAGACAAAAUACAAAUUUAGCUUGCUCAACUCGCUGGCUGAUGAACCACAGGAACAUUUGUUUGUCAAAAGAAAAAGAUACCCACAACGCAAGGAGUUGAUUAAAGGCUCGAAUUCAAUGAAUUAGAGUCAUAAUUUUGCAAUCAUCAGCCCGCUCAGACGAAUAUCGUUUUCAAAAUGAACGAGAUCAAAUCUAUGGAGCAUGCGACAUUGAAGGUGCCGUAUGAAGUGUUUAACAAGAAGUACCGCAGUGCUCAACGCGUCUUCGAUGUUGAGGCGCGUCAGGUUAGCAGUGCCGCCACAGAAAUGGAAACGGUCAAGAACCAACCCAUCACCAAUACAGAGAUCGAUAGUCUAUUGGGUGGCAUGGUCGAGAAGUUGACAACGAUGAAGCGAAAAGCGAGCGAGGCUAUUAACGAGGAGCUCCAGGUCGCGUACGUCUGCAAGAAGCGUCUGGAACACCUGAAGGAGCAGGCCAGCGCCCUCGCCGAGCCGUCCUCCACGCAGGUGAAGACAACGCUGAACCAAUGGCGUAAAGUGCGUCUCGAUCGGAUGCUGGUUGACUACUUCCUGAGGAACGGUUACUACGAGUCUGCCUGGAAGCUGGCGGAGUCCGCCGGCCUCAGGGAGCUUACCAAUGUCGACAUAUACAGCGCGGCCGCCGCGGUCGAGGCCGAGCUGAAGAGCCAGAGGACGGCGCGCUGUCUGCAGUGGUGCUCCGACAACAAGUCCAAGCUGAGGAAGCUGAACUCCACGAUGGAGUUCAACAUCAGGAUACAGGAGUUCAUAGAGCUGGUGCGCGAGGACCGGCGCCUGGAGGCUGUGCGUCACGCCAGGAAGCACUUCUCCAACCACGAGGAGGGGCAGCUGGUCGACAUUCAGCACUGCAUGGGCAUGCUGGCCUUCCCCAAGGACACCGAGGUGGAGCCGUACCGGUCCCUGCUGGCGCGCGGGCGCUGGGCGCGGCUGGUGCGGCAGUUCCGCGCCGAGCACGCGCGCCUGCUGCACCCCGCGCCGCUGCCGCUGCUGCCCGCCACGCUGCAGCUGGGCCUGGCCGCGCUCAACACGCCUCAGUGCUACAAGGAGAGCAGCCAGGCGGCGGACUGCCCGGCGUGCCAGGCGCCGCUGUCGGGGCUGGCGAGGCAGCUGCCGCACGCGCACUGCUCGCACUCGCGCCUCGUGUGCCGCAUCUCGCGCCUGCCGCUCAACGAGCACAACCAGCCCAUGGUGCUGCCCAACGGACAGGUCUACGGGGAGAAGGCUCUGAAGCAAAUGAUGAAGGAGCACGGCUCGAUCAUCUGCCCGAAGACGAAAGAAGUGUUUUGCAUGAAGCGCGUCGAGAAGGUGUACGUCAUGUGAGCCUCGCGACCCCCCGUGAGCACCCCCGCGACCCUUCGCAACGUGCACCCCGAGUUAACCACCCCCUCCCUACUCUACUCGACUAAAAACCCUAAAAGAACUAAUUUAUCACUUUAUUGAUCCACUAGCUGUAUCCGUCAGGUUUGCUGGGCAUUUAAAAUUAACAUUAUUAUUUCUCACCCCCACACAAUCUCAUCAUUAACGCCCCCGCAACUGGUGUAGGCAG